AUGAAAGUAGCGAUGAUACCAGGGGAUGGCGUCGGCUCAGAGCUUCUUGAUGCAGUGCAACAAGUUGUGCGAGGCACAGGAAUACCUCUAGAGUUUGAAGAGGUUUUCCUGAGCGAAAUUCAGCAUUCCCGCUCAGUAAGAGUUCAAGAUGCAGUUGAAAUUAUUAAAAAGAACAACAAUGUGGCUUUGAAGGGUGCAAUUCAAGAAGCUAAUAUAGAUGGUAUUGAUUCUGAUAAAGACGGUAUCAAUAGAGAGCUGAAAAAUAGUCUUGAUCUAUUUGCUAGCAUUGCAAAUAUCAGAACCCUAAAAGGAAUCAAAACUCGUCACAACAAAGAUUUGGAUUUCAUAAUUGUUCAGGAACAAACAGAAGGUGAAUAUUCGUCUUUAGAGCAUGAGGUUGUUCCUGGUGUUGUUGAAUCUCUUAAGAUUUCCACAGAACAAAAAUCACGUCGGAUAGCGAAAUUCGCAUUUGAUCAUGCUACGAAAUGUGACCGGAAAAAAGUUACAGCUGUCCACAAAGCGAAUAUCAUGAAAUUGGGUGAUGGAUUGUUUUUGAGAAUUUGUGAAGAAGUUUCAAAGCUGUAUCCAAAUAUCGAAUUUGAGUCGAUGAUAGUCGAUAAUUGCUGCAUGCAGCUUGUGUCCAGACCUGAGCAGUUUGACGUGAUGGUGAUGCCUAAUCUGUACGGUAAUAUCAUCGAUAAUUUAGGUGCUGGUCUAGUUGGGGGUGCUGGAGUUGUUGCAGGCCGUUCUGUUGGGCCAGAUGCUGUGAUUUUCGAGCCAGGUGCUCGACAUGCAUAUCAGGAAGCAUUUGGAAAACAAAUUGCAAAUCCAACAGCAAUGAUUCUGUGUUGUGCUGAUAUGCUCCAUCACUUAGGAUUAAAAAAGUAUGGUAAAGCUCUUCAGUCAGCUGUUGAAGGUGUAAUUAGCGAAGGUAAAGUAAAAACUAGGGAUCUUGGUGGGUACUCAUCUAUGAUGGACUUUGUGGAUGCUAUAAUUCAUAAAUAUACUUUGUAG